AUGGAGUGCACGUACGAUGCCCAGUGCGUCGGUUUGAACACGACGCUUAACACGCGGAACGUGAAUGGCGGCAAGGCCUGCGGGAAACCCCAGCCGAACGACAACAACAAAAAGUGUUGUUGUAAAAAACCGAGACCGGAGAGCCGAGACUGUUGCGUAAUGUCGCCAAUAACGCCUGUGACGUGCCCCCGAAAUCCCCCGGUCAAGGUUAAACCGAACUGUCUUAAACAGGCCUCGGAAAAAGUGCAGUGUUGCGCUUUACCGAUCAAGCCGAUGGCCGCGACGCCGUGCCGCCAGUAUAAGAAUCCAUCGACGACGAAGCCGAACCCAUGUAAGAAGAAACCGUGUGGGUCGGCGGCACCUGCCAAUAAUUCGUGCGGAGCGAAGUGCGAUAAGAUUAGUUGCGGAAACCGAGAUUUCUGCACGUUGAAAAAUAACGAGUGCGAAAAUUUCGAAUUAACAGAGUACGGAAAAGAAUUUGCUCAGCAGACGGGUCGGACGGUAAGCGAUAACCGAUAGGAAAUCAUGUCAAUCCUUACUACCCCCCUACCCCCGACUAACGAAAUAUAUUCGGGCGGGAGGUGAUUUUUUUCUCGAUCCGUCGGAUCACUAAAACUCCUCUCCUCCCCUUCAAAUUGAGAACCCCGGUAAAACCGUCCAAAGUUUACGAAUUAUAAUAGGUUUACGUUUUAGAAUUCGUGUGAAGUCAAUACGUAGGUAGGUAUACCUACCGAUGGUUUUAAUAAGAUGACGAGUUCAUUUUUCUGGUUGUCGGAAAAUCCGUACGAACCUGGAAUAUUGGUACGGUCGUUAAACAUCGGGGUUUCUUAAAUUGUAAUGGAAAGUUUUAAAACUGAAAAAGGAAAUGAUUUAAUGUUGUACAACAAAAAAAAAAUUCUUACGUAAUUUCAAGAAAAUAAAAAUACUAUUAGUUGGAUGGAAAUGUCCGGGAAAAAUUACUGCGAAUUUAAUUAGACCAGAAAGUAACAAAUGAGUAAUAAUUUAUACAGAGUAUAGCAUUAUUUAAGGUGAAACCAUUAGUUUUAUUUCAGUGUAUAAACUAUUCAAAUAUUGAACAAGUAAAAAUAUCGCGUAUUGUGAAUCUAUACUUCUAUACUACAAUAUAAAAUGAAGUCGCUUUUAUUUGUUCGGGAUAAACUCCGAAACUGCUUAUUCAAUAUCGUCGUGCAAUUUUUUUUAAAUUAAAGAGGACAUCAUAGAGAAGGUUUUAGGCAUAAAUUUAGUCCGAUAAAGUCGAUUAAUAAUUAAUUAUUAUUAAUUAAAAUAAACGUGUAAAUCGUACACCUAUACACAUUAUUGUACAUAUUGCGCGGCACGGUGGACCGCGGGUUUCCAGCUACCUGCGACCUGACCUUUUUGUAUUGUGUUUGAUACCGGCGUUGUUCAGAGAAGUUAAUCGCACGUACACCAACGACAUGUGUAUCCAAAUAUCCGUGUUAACAAUACCCGCUAAUAACCAAGGCAGGUGUUGUGCGCUCGCGUCGUCUGGCGUCCGCACUCACUGCCAGCCACCGCAUUCGAUUUCAGAUUUCCGUAUUUAUUUCAACAUCGCCGUUACAACAUCACCGACAUUAUUCUCGUUAUAUGGACUGUAUAUUAAUAGUCCGGCGUAAUAGUUUUCUAUCGUUUUCGGUGGAACACGUCUUUUAUCGAUUUUGAUUGUUAGUUUAUUAAGUGUUGAUUGUUGGCCGGUUUAAUCAUUUAAAGGCGUAAUUGAUUAUACUACUCUCAUUUUUUAAAAUGCCUAGACGAAAGUCAAAUAUUGGUCGAUCUCGGAAUGAUGCCGAAAGAAUGCGUGUAGUACGUAGAGAACGACAGUCAAAUAAUGAUGAUGUUGUUAACGAUAGAGGUUCAUGGUCGAGAAAAGAUUAUUCUGCUAUGAACUACUAUGUAACUUUGUAUUAAUUUUUUUUCAACAUUAUGAAGAAUCCGCGGUGGCGACGCUAAAUUUAUAUGGUUACAUUACCACGGAGACGUGACUAAAAGUGGUCUAAAAUGCAAAUAAUCAUCCAGAAAAUAAAUAGCAAAUUAAUAUCUGAGAAAUCAUGCAAUAGCGGAACAUUGCCGGGUCAGCUAGUUUAUAUUUAAUUUAAUGUUGGACAUAUUUUUUCAAGCACUUAUAUUUCACCCAUUUCAUUUCUUUUCUUCUUCACAGCAAACAGUAACGAUUUUCCAUUUACCCCGUUUUCUUUCACAAGUGGUAAAAAUGCUCUAAAUUAUUCAUACAUUGUAUUGUAAAAAAUACUGAUUUCUCGCCCGAUGAUAUUUUAUUCGAACUAUUUUUUUUUAUACCUGAUAGCUUUUCUACAAACUUAAAAAAAAAACCGUCACAAGUCCACAGUUUUACUUUCGUUCAUUUCUUAGUUACUUUGUUGGCUACAAGGAAAUAAAAUAGGCCAAAUACUUAUAUAGCUUUAUCAGUUUACUGCGAGAACCGCUAAGGAUCGUUUUUUUUUUGAUUUCAAGCAUGUAGGGAUUGUUGUUUUGAGUAUAACUCAGUAUAAUAUAAUACCGAUUACCAGGGUUCGAAUUUUAUAGCACUGAAAAUAACUGAAAUAAACGCUAUAAUAAGACUUAACGAAUCUUAAAAUAAACUAUAUUAAUAUAUUAUAAAAGCAUAAAAAAUGGGAAAAAAAAUUUUUUUUUUAAAUAUAUAAAUACGAGCGAUAAGAAGUAAUGAGUGUAGACUAUUCGAUGGAUUAACACUACGUCGGGCUACUUAAAAAUAGAUUACAACAUGAAAUGAGACUGUUGGUAGGUAUUUUUCUUAAUAUGGAUUCGCAUAAAUGACAGAUUUUUACUACGGUUUAUGAAAAAUUCAAAAUAAACCAUUGUAUUACGAAUAUUAGCAGAAAAUCUAAAAUACCUACUUCAAAUAUACAUAAUACAAUUAAUGUAAAUCUCGCUCUGCUAUACAAUUCUAGUCGCUGAUUACCCAAUAUAUUUUAAGUACCAUUCAAGUUUUCCCUUCCCUCUAUAAUAACGGUCUACUCUAUUACGCCAAAAUAUGUCGGUCUUCUAUAAGAAACUAAUGUUACACAGGUGCUCCAAUUAUCAAUAUUUUAUAUUUGUUAAAACAUUUUUAAUACUUUUGGUCUGACCAGAUUUCCAUUUUCAAGUACUUUUUUCGAUUUGUUAAAUUUCAAUGCCUACAUAAUUUUCCCGGGAAAAUUAAGUAAGUAGGUAUUUACGGUCUUUCUGUAACUGUGAUUAAAAAUGUUAUUCUGGUUCGCACAAAAAAAAAAUUGUAAUUAAUAAUGUUACGCUAAAGAAAGGAGAAAAUCGAUCAUUUAAAUUUAUUUUGAUUAUCUACUCCAAAGGUUUACCUUGGGAGUGAUUCAUAAAUUGCUCUUGUAAGGACAUGCACAACUUACCUAUUCAAUCAUUUGUACUAUUUCUAUUCAUUAUUUUAAUCAUAAAUCCUUUAUUAGCGGCAAUACCAUUGUCUGCAUACGUGUGUAUAAUAUAAAUAUAUAAUAAUAUCUACGUAUAAAUAUUCGAAUAUAUCAUAGUAUUAUUGAGUUAAUCAGUGGUUAAUUUUAUAUUUUGUGCGCAAACGACAUCUAGGUUUUAAAAUAUCUCAGUUAAAACAUUGAGAUAUUUUAAAACGUGCACAAACUAGUUGUAGACCCUUUUUACAUUGCUAUUGUAAUUUACUGCGAUUGUCCCAUAAUAUUCAAUGUUAUUUUUCAGAUUCAAAAUUGUGUCUGCAUAAAAUUCAAUGGUCUGCAAGAUUCGUGUCCACAUCCCAGCUGUGGUAUAAGGAAAGGAUGCUUGGACAAUCCUUUUCCAACUUGUCCCCCGGCAAAACAAUGGAAAUUUGAAACUUUCUGCAAAAAUCAACGGAUGGACAAUAACAAAAAAUGCUAA